UGAAAAAUAGCAGGAAGUGUUCUGAGUUGGCUAAUGGCUAGCUACCUGGCAAGGCUACAGGCGUCAUUUUCUAAGGGUUUUUGUUUGUUUUAGUAGUUUUCUCGAUUGUUGCUCAAAUGUAGACAUGCUGCCAGGGUGCUGACUUUACGCCAAUCUUGAUUACAUCCGUUUGACUGCGUGUCAUAUGCAGAGCACCGUGGGCUGCCGCUAUGGAGGAGCGAAAACUGAAGAGAAAGAGCCCGAGGACGCCCACAGCCCCAGCGCCAGCGCCAGCGGCGGUUGCGGUUGCGGUGACGGUAGCAGCGCCGACAGCAACAACCGGAUCUGGCCGGAAACACAGUGCUUCUACCGGUGGGAAACAUGUCGGCUACAGUCAUGGCACGGGGUCUCAUUCCAGCCAGAAGAGCAAAAAUAGAAGGGGACUUCGUGAGAAAUCAAAGUAUAAAAUGGGUUCCGGUGUUCACCCCAGCCCAAAUCAGAAACAGGCAGCACCCAUCAUCCAGCACUCGUUCUUGACUGAUGUCUCUGACGUGCAGGAGAUGGAGAAUGGACUUCUCAGCCUCCUCGAUGACUUCCACUCUGGGAAAUUGCAAGCGUUUGGUAAUGAGUGUUCCAUCGAGCAGAUGGAACAUGUGCGGGAGAUGCAGGAGAAGCUGGCCCGCUUACACUUUGACCUGUACGGCGAGGAGGAAGAGAUGCAAGAGGAACAGAGGAAAACAGCACGGGACAGCAACAUGGACAAGUUGCUUCUAAAUCUGGAGGAGCUAAGUUCAUCUAUACAGAAACUGAAUCUGACCGACAGCCAAGAGAUUCCGAAGUCUGCCAGCUUGUGACUGCCUUUCCGCCACAGUCACUGCGGGUAACAUGGUUGUUGCCGCUGAGAUGCAAAAGCAAAGUUUAAUGCGCGUAUUGUGAGGGCUGCAUUCUAAUUUUACUCAACAUUAAGAUCCCAGUAGUUUAGGCACUAAUAUUUACUAUCUUGUCUGACUGAUCACCAGCAUCUAUUUGCUGUUACAGACAGUGUCCUGUAGAGGAAGGUCUACAUUCUAACCAAAGUGAUUUGAAUUAACUUGACAAUAGAUUGUGUGGCUGCAAACAAUAUUAUAGCACUCUGUUGCACUUUAUAUUAUCAGUCAAUUGGUGUAUAAUCAAACAAAUUUAUCAAUAUGUGGUUACCAUGUGUAACAAAUAGUGUUUUUAUCACCUUUAAGCAUCAAGAUUAAAUGGUCCACAUGUACAGUGGCUGAAAUAAGUAUUUAAAACAUCACCAUUUUUCUCAUUAAAUAUAUUUCCAAUGGUGCUAUUGGCCUGAAAAUGUCACCUGAUGUUGGAAACAAACCAAGCAAUCCUUACAUACAAAGAAAGUAGAACAAUUAAGAAAUUAAGUUGUGUGUAAAAUGUGAAAUGACACAGGGAAAAAGUAUUGAACACAUAAAGAAAGGGAGGAUCAAUAAAGCAUGGAAAGCCAAGACAACACCUAAAAUCUAUCAAUAAUAAAACAGCAAUCCAGCCCCUUGUCAGUGCAAAUGAAUAUAAUCUGGUUCAGUCCUAAUUGAUGGCCUACAAAAAGAUCUCAUUGCCAAAGUAUGAGUCAAGACACAUCUCAUGAUGGGUAAGAGCAGAGAGCUAUCUCAAGACCAUCGCAAGCUAAUUGUUGCAAAACAUAACGAUGGCAUUUGUUACAGAAUCAGAAUCAGAAUCAGAAUCAUCUUUAUUUGCCAAGUAUGUCCAAAACACACAAGGAAUUUGUCUCCGGUAGUUGGAGCCGCUCUAGUACAACAGACAGUCAAUUUACAGAACACUUUGGAGACAUAAAGACAUUGACAAAAAACAACAACAAACAACAAUUGUGCAAAAAGAUGCAGAGUCCUCAGUUGGAAUGGCUAAUAACGCAAUAGUCCGGUGCAAUGACCAUUGUGCAAAGGGCACUGAGACUUCAAGGAGUGUAUGCGGUUUAAAGUGACGAGUACUGCGAUAAUCUGGGACAAUGGUUGUGCAAAUGUUACAGAUACUCCUCAAUCAGUGUGCAAAUGGAGCAGAUGCUACUCUGGCAUGAGUGGCCACUAUAUGCAAAUAGUGCAGCACGGCGAGACAACUACAGUGAGUGCACGAGUAAUACAUAAUACAGAAAUGUGACAACGAACUCAAGUCAAAAAAUUGCCAGCUUGUUGUAAUGGAAUUGUAAGUUAGCUGUUCAAGAAGUUGAUUGCAAGAGGGAAGAAGCUGUUGGAAUGUCUACUAGUUCUAGUUUGCAUUGAUCGGUAGCGCCUACCUGAGGGAAGGAGCUGGAAGAGCUGGUGACCAGGGUGGGGAGGGUCCGAGAGGAUUUUGCACGCCCUUGUCUUAGUUCUGGCAGCGUGCAAGUCCUCAAGGGUGGGUAGGGGGGUACCGACAAUCCUUUCAGCAGUUUUGAUUGUCCGUUGCAGUCGGAGUUUGUCCUUUUUUGUAGCAGCACCAAACCAGACUGUGAUGGAAGAACACAGGACUGAUUCGAUGACCGCUGUGUAGAACUGUCUCAGCAGCUCCGGUGGCAGGCCAUGCUUUCUCAGAAGCCGCAGGAAGUACAUCCUCUGCUGGGCCUUUUUGAGGACGGAGUUGAUGUUGGUCGCCCACUUCAGGUCCUGGGAGAUUGUAAUUCCCAGGAACUUGAAGGUCUCGACGGUUGACACAAGGCAGCUGGACAGCGUGAGGGGCAGCUGUGGCGAAGGAUGCCUCCUGAAGUCCACGAUCAUCUCUACAGUCUUGAGCGUGUUCAGCUCCAGGUUGUGUCGGCCGCACCACAGCUCCAGCCGCUCCGCUUCCUGUCGAUAUGCAGACUCGUCACCGUCCUUGAUGAGGCCGAUGACAGUGGUGUCAUCUGCAAACUUCAGGAGUUUGACAGUCGGGUUCGCUGAGGUGCAGUCGUUCGUGUAGAGAGAGAAGAGCAGCGGAGAGAGGACACAACCUUGGGGCGCCCCAGUGCUGAUGCUGCGUGUGGAUGAGGUGGCCUCCCCCAGCCUGACCUGCUGUGUCCUGCCCGUCAGAAAGCUGUAGAUCCACUGGCAGAUGGCAGGUGAGACGCUGAGCUGGAGAAGCUUGGAUGAAAGGAGAUCAGGGAUGAUGGUGUUGAACGCUGAGCUGAAGUCCACGAACAGGAUCCUCGCGUAGGUCCCUGCACUGUCGAGGUGUUCUAGGAUGAAGUGCAGUCCCAUGUUGACUGCAUCAUCCGCAGAUCUGUUCGCUUGGUAGGCAAACUGCAGGGGGUCCAGCAGGGGACCUGUGACACUCUUGAGGUGGUCCAGCACAAGACGUUCAAAGGACUUCAUGACCACAGAUGUCAAAGCGACAGGCCUGUAGUCAUUCAGACCCGAGAUUGCAGGUUUCUUGGGGACUGGGAUGAUGGUGGAGCGUUUGAAGCAGGAUGGAACUUCGCACAUUUCCAGUGAUCUGUUGAAGAUCUGAGUGAAGACUGGCGCGAGCUGGUCCGCGCAGACUUUGAGGCAGGAUGGAGACACGUGGUCCGGGCCUGCCGCUUUGUUAAUCUUUUGUUGUUUGAAGAUGCGUCUCACAUCCUGUUCAUGGAUGGUUAACGCAGAGGUCAGAGGUGUGAUUGUGGUCGCGGGUGCGGCCGGGUUGGUGUGUGGUGUGAAACUGUCCUUUUCAAAUCUGGAGUAGAAGGUAUUCAAGUCGUUGGCUAGUGUGCUAUUGUUCUCAGCUUGGGGGGAUCGUCGCUUGUAAUUAGUCAGCGACUGGAAUGCAUGCCAGACUGAUUUAGAGUCGUUUGUGCUAAACUGUUUUUCCAACUUUGCUGUAUAGAUCCUCUUUGCAAUGUUAAUUUCUUUAGUCAGCUGGUUUCUAGCUCGAUUAUACAGGGCCCUGUCCCCGCUCUGAUAUGCGUCCUCCUUAGCUUGGCGAAGCUGCUUAAGUUUAGCAGUGAACCACGGCUUAUUGUUGUUGAAUGUGCGAAAUGAUUUGGUUGGAACACAGACCUCUUCACAGAAACUGAUAUAGGAUGUAACAGUGUCCGUAUAUUCAUCCAGGCUGCCAGCUGAAUUUUCAAAGACACUCCAGUCUGUGCAGUCUAAGCAGCUUUGAAGUUCCAUCUUGGCUUCAUUUGUCCACUUUUUGACUGUUUUCACUGUAGGCUUCGCACAUUUAAGUUCUUGCCUGUACGUCGGUAUUAAGUGAAUUAAGCAGUGAUCAGACGAGCCCAAGGCUGCACGAGGUAUAGCACGGUAUGCGUUUUUUACCGUGGUGUAGCAGUGGUCUAAAGUAUUAUUUUCCCUGGUAGGACAGUCGAUGUGCUGCUUGUAUUUAGGGAGUUCGUGGUUGAGUUUAGCUUUGUUAAAGGCGCAUAGCAAAGCUUCUCAACGUUCCAGCGAGCACGGUUGGGACCAUAAUACAUAAGUGGAAAGCCAAUCAUAUCAGCAUAAAUUUGCCUCAAUCAGGUGCUCCUCGCAAGAGUUCCGAAAGAGGAGUGCAAAGAAUAAUCACAAGAGUUGUCCACGAGUCAAGGACCACCUGUGGAGAGCUUCAUCAACACCUGGAAUUAGCAGGUACUGUUGUCACACAGAAAACAGUGAGUAAUGUGCUCUGCCGCCAUGGCUUGUAGCAUGCUCACCACACAAGACCCCAUUGCUGGAAAAAAAGCAUGUCAAAGCUCGUAUAAAGUUUGCUGAACAAUAUUUGGACAAGCCAGUUAAAUGCUGUGACAAUAUAGUCUGAUCGGAUGAGCGCAAAAUGGAACUGUUUGGAUCCCAUAAUGUACACCACGUUUGGAGGAGAAAUGGCACUGCACAUCAACCUAAAAACUAGUGAUGGUGAGAUGCAGCUUCAUGAAGCAUCAUAACAUUUAGACCAUUAUACACUGCUGGCCAUGUGUAUAAUCACAGGCAACUAUCUCAGGCCACAUAAUUUGUCAUGCAUUGCAAUCUAGCAUUUGUUGUGGCUCUUGGAAAUGACUAUGAAUGACAAAAAAAUGUCUGACCAAAUAUUGUGAUGACAUGAAAUAAGAAAAUAUUAUUUGAACAUAUUCUGUGCGCGUAACUGUUACCAAAAUGGUAGUAAUUGUAUACAGGUAUGUCUAAAAAAAAAAAAAUAGAAUGUGGUAGAAAACUCAAUUGAUUUCAGUAGUCAUACAUAUAAAGUCGUUAAAAACUACUUCUCAGAGGGCAAAUUCCUGCCUAAAUUCUACAAUAAAAAGAAAUUCCAUUGUUUCAUAAUAGUUUGUUACAUUCUUGUUUCUAGAGAUGGCAAGUUUGGAGUUGUCUUUUGCUGUAAGCUAUAAUCAUCAAAAUUAUACAUGUAUAAAAGAAAUCAUGAAAUAUUUCAGUGUGUGUGAUGCAUCUCUAGUUUCACUUUUUGAACUACUUUAGUAAAUUAAGCUUUUGACUCUAUUAUAAUUUAUUGAGAUGUACCAUUAUGGCAGCUUGUGCUAUGUCUUUGUCAACUUUGGGGGAUGGCAUGGGCUUAUGCAGGCAGAGGACAUUGAAAGUGUUUGUAGGACUAGGAAUAGGGCAGUAAAUAUGCUUGUGUAACUUGGACUAUGAUGUAAAGAACAGGGGAGAUUUUAUUCAUUUCUCUCCAGAAAUAAUAGUUUCUCAACAUUUUGUGGUUUUAAGCGAUUCCUUUUCUUUGAUAUGACCUCCCCAGCUUUUGAAAAUACUCUUUCACAUGGCACAGAAGAUGCCAGGGUGCACAAAUACGCCAAAGCAAGCGUGUACAAAUUGGGGUAAAGUGAUUUGCGCCUCUCCCAGUACUCUAAAGGGUUUUCCAUCCUGCUCCAAUUAGGCUCAGAUAGGUAGCGCUGGAUCUCGACAGUGGCAUCUGCAGAAACAUUUCUUGACUUAUGUGCUUCCAUGACACUGCUGUCAAAACGAUGCCACAGUGUGCUACCUAAGAGGAAAACACAGAUCAUGUUAGUAAGUGCUCUGGUAGGAGUACUUCCUCUCAAAAUUUAAAUGAAUACAUUACCUCCAGUGACAGCAUGGGAUGUGGAAGCCUCUGGGAUUUCCUCUCUGUUUUUUUCGUACUUCAUUACACUGAUGCACUCAGAGGUCAGUCUCUUUAUAGCUUCUGUGGCUUUAGUGGGGCUGAAAAACCCUAUCGCUUUAAAACGAGGUUCCAGGAGUGUAGGUAGGUGUAGGCUCAUUGAUUGUAAUGUGAAUAGCUUAUGUCGGAGUUGCCUGAUGAGUUGAGCUCCCAUUUGCAGUGUAACUGUUGGUGCUGGUUUGGUCAUUUCCUCUUGUAGGGUUUGCUCCAGCAUCUUCAACAAGGGGAGACAACCCUUCAACAAUGUUAAAUUCAUCCAAUGUCAAUAAGGGGAUGUCAUGUUGUAGGCCUGCUAAAGCUGCUCCUACUGGCUCCCUUUGUUCAAAUAAACGUUGCAGCAUCAAGUAUGUGCUGUUCCAUCAAGUUUCCACUUCUUGCAAAAGCUUCAUGUUGUUCAGCCCCAUAUUAAGAUGUACUUGUGUAAGCGUCUCCUUCAAAGAUACAGAUGAGUAGGCCAUUAAUCACUGUAGUGGAACUACGAACAAAUUAUUACCAUUAUAAAGUUGGAAUGAAGGGAAAUAGCAUACCUUAGCAGUGGUGCUGCUUCUGAAGUAACCAACCAGCUUCCUUGCUUUGGUUCUGAUGCCAAAGAGCACAGGGUACUGGUCAAGUUUCUUUUUUACAAGUAAAUUUAGUGUGUGAGCAAUACAAAUGUGAUGCGAAGUUUCGGCUCUCCCACACAGGCAACCAUGUUUGGUGCGCCGUCAGUGACUAUACAUGUCACCUUCGUAGUGAUUCCCCAUUCCUCCAUCAGGGAGGCUUUCACAUGACCUAUAUUUUCUGCUGUGUGGGAUUGGGGGAAUGCAUGCACUCCCAAAAGCACUAAACAGGCUACCACAAAAUGGCAAGUUAUUGCCAGGUAGGCGUCCAUGUCACACGUAAGGCUUACGGCAGCCACCUUUGCCACUUCAUCCUUAGCCUUCUUCUUAGCAGACUCAUAUUUAGCCUCCAUCAUGGCUUUCAGAGCCUGAAGGAGUACAUAUUAAUAAUAAUGACAGAUACAAUAACAUGAUGGUGUGGGGCUGCUUUUGAGUAAAUUGUACUGGUAAACUUCACGUUAUUGAAGGAAUGAUGAAUGGGCAAAUGUACUGAGACAUUCUUGACAGAAAUCUGCUGCCAUUUACGAGGAUGAUGAAAAUUAAACGAGGGUGGACUUUUCAGCAGGAUAAUGAUCCAAAGCAUCCUGCAGAUGAAACUCUCAAUUGGUUUCAAAUAAAUAAUAAUAAAAAUAAAAAAAGCUGCUAGAAUGGCCCAGCCAAUCACUUGACUUGAAUCCAAUUGAAAAUCUUUGGAAAGAAGUGAAACUCAAGGUCCAUAAAAUAACCCCACAGAACCUUAAAGAUUUGAAGACUGCUUGUGUGGAGGAAUGGGCCAAAAUCACAACAGAGCAAUGCAUGCAACUAGUUUCUUCAUACAUGAGGUGUCUUGAAGCUGUCAUUCCAAACAUAGGCUUUUGUCCAAAGUAUUAAAUAAAUACCUGUUGGCGUGUUCAAUACUUUUUUCCCUGUGUCAUUUCACAUUAUUACACACAACUUAAUUUCUGAGCGUAUUUGUUCUACUUUCUUUGUAUGUAUGGAUUACUUGGGUUGUUCCCAGCAUCUGGUAAAGGUUUCAGGUCAAUAGCACCUUUGGAAAUAUAUUUAAUGAGAAAAAUGGUAACGUGUUAAAUACUUAUUUCAGCUGCUGUAUGUUCUCUGUUGGGCUGCAAACAGUCCAGUAAUCCAAAUAUUGAUUUCACUACCAUGCCUUAAAUUGUGUUGUGACGUAAGCAUUUUUAGUUAUUGUAGUUCUUCACAUGCAAAUUGUAAUCAAUCACUUGCUGCUUUCACUGUCAGUGUCAGCCAAUGUUGGGGAUGAAUUCUCUUCACAGGUUGAACUGUUAAAAACAUGUAUGCUGCUGUUUUUAAUAAAAUGAAUGAAUCACG